AUGGAUCAGUCUGAACGUGACGAUUUAAUUCAAAAAUGUAUUAAUGAGGAAAAAAUUGAAAUUUACGAUUAUUCUCUUUUUAAGGACAUUGAACGUAUUGGAGGCGGAGGAUAUGGGGAAAUUUUCCGUGCUGUUCUUGGGAAUUAUAAAGCUACUGUCGCGCUAAAAUUAUUUAAAGAUAAUAAAGAUACUGUGACUAUUAAAGAAGUUGUUAAUGAGAGGGAACAAAUUCACUUUGGACUUUCAAAGAGGUUAAAUGAUGCAACAAAAUCAAAUCCAAGAUUUUUGGGACUUAUUGCAUAUGUGGAUCCACAGAGUUUUAAAGGUUCAAAAAAAAGAAAAAGAAAUGAAAAUGAACCAUUUAGCUUUAGCUUUGAUAAACGAUCCGAUAUAUAUAGUGUUGGUGUUCUUAUUUGGGAAAUAUCUAGUGGUUAUCCCCCUUUUAACAAUGAUAUUCAGCAAAAUUAUAUUGGAGCAGUGAUCGUGAAUAUUAUGAAUGACAUACGGGAAGAAGUUAUUGAAGGAACUCCGCCCGAAUAUGAAAAAAUCUAUACAGAUUGUUGGCAAGGCAAUCCUAGUAUGCGCCCAACUAUCGAAGAAGUUUUUUCGGAAUUAAAUGAUUUAAAAAUUAACUACGAAAAUCAAAAGAUAGAUGCUUCCCAGAAGUCAUGUAGUUCACAAAUUAGUGAAUUAAUUCGUUCAAAUGAUUCAGAAUCAUAUAUGAUUAUUUCUGACUUUAAAGAAGAAAUCGAUAAUUUGAAUAUAAAUCAAUUAAAAAAUGAGUUGCAAAAUCCCG